CCCCUAACGAACAAUCUGUUUACAGCUUCACGGUCUACAGUGUCCUAGAAUUAAUGACUAUUGUCAACCUGUUUGUAUCACAACUGGUCCUAUGAGUUUUUUUUUCUGCUACAUCAUGCAUUGUACUGGUAAUGAUUUAUGGUAGCUGUGUGACACCAUCGCGACUUCUCAUUGUGGACAAGCUCGUUCCAGUCAUAGACGGUAGACCGUAGCUUCCACUCCACUCACUAGUCUUCAUGCUGCUGUUCGCCGCCCGAAGGCGCUCUUAAGUGCACGAGAUCAUUCAAGAUCAUACACACAAACAUGGCGACACGGCAGCCGCACAAGAUGCCGUUCACUGGACUUUUUACGAUAUUUCUUUUAAAUGCCAUGGUUCCAGGCAGUUUUUCUACACUUCGGCUACACAAAGACGAGCGUUUCAUUUUGCCGCAGAGCAGAGGUUUUUCAAGGGUGAACGCAGAUCAACAAAAUCUUGGAAUGGGUCAUGCGUUCCAAGGAGAGAGAGCGCGGAGAGCGGCAUCGCAAACGCACCAGCACCGUAACCGCCGUAGCGAGUCAGACAUACCGCCGCUCACGGUGUAUGGAAAGGCGGAGCUGCAGGACUCCCACAACCAGAUGGUGGUGCACUGGGCCGGGGAGAAGAGCAACGUGAUCGUGGCGCUGGCCAGGGACCGCAGUGCAGCGCAGGGACCCAGAAGCAGCGAUGUCUAUGUGUCCUACGACUACGGUGCCUUUUUUGGAUCCAUCUCCAACAAAUUCCAGCUCUCCGGAGAUAAAGCGGGGAACAAGGAGCUCAUCGCCCAGUUCUACCACAGCCCUGCCGACAACAAGAGGUACCUCUUUGCAGACACCAAUAACAGCUAUGUGUGGAACACGUUUGACUUCUGCAAGACCGUCCAGGGCUUUUCAGUCCCUUUCAAACCCAUGGACCUGCUGCUGCACAGCACACAGCCAAACCUGGUACUGGCCUAUGACAGCUCUCACCCCAAUAAGCAGCUAUGGAAAUCGGACGAUUUUGGCGAGACCUGGGUGCUGAUUCAGGAGCAUGUCAGAUCCUACUGCUGGGGCGUGGAGCCGUACGACCCUCCCACCACCGUCAUGGUGCAGCGGCAGGAGCCGCUGGGCGUGUCCAGCGUGCUGAGCAGCACCGACUUCUUCCAGAGCGAGCAGAACCGCAGCCUAAUCCUGGAGCACGUGGACAGCUUCCAGCUCCGCGACAAGUACAUGUUCGCCACCACCACCAGGACUCUGCUGGGGAGCAAAGAACCCUCUACCGUCCAGCUAUGGGUCUCUUACAACCGCCAGCCAAUGAAAGCUGCCCAGAUUGUGACUCGCCACCCAAUCACUGAGUACUACAUCGCCGAUGCCUCUGAGGACCAGGUCUUUGUGUGUGUGAACCAUGCAAACAACCUCACGCACCUGUACAUCUCCGACACGGAGGGCCUGGCCUUCUCGCUGUCCCUGGAGAAUGUGCUGUACUUCAGCCCUGAGGGCACUGGGAGCGACACUCUAAUAAGGUACUUUGCGAGCGAGCCGUUUGCAGACCUGCAUCGUGUGGAGGGUCUGAGGGGGGUCUACAUCGCCACGCUAAUCAACGGCUCUCUGACCGAAGAGAACAUGCGCUCCGUCAUCACAUUCGACAAGGGAGGCACCUGGGAGUUCCUGGAGCCGCCCACUACUGACAGCCUGGGAGGCAAGCUGGACUGCCAGCUCUCUCAGGGCUGUUCUCUGCACCUGGCUCAGCGCUGGAGCCAGCUCCUCAACGUGCAGCUGCGCCGGGCAACCAUCCUCUCCAAGGAGUCCGCUCCGGGCCUCCUCAUGGCAACAGGGUCCGUCGGACGCAAUCUGGCCAGCAAGGCCAAUGUUUACGUGUCGAGCAGCGGGGGAGUGCGGUGGAGAGAGGCCCUGGCUGGCCCUCACUUCUACUCCUGGGGGGACCAUGGAGGCAUCUUGAUGGCCAUCAUGCAGGGGACGCCCACCAAGACUCUCAAGUUCAGCACGAACGAGGGGGAGACGUGGUCAGAGUUCAACUUCUCCUCCAGCGACGUGUACGUGUACCAGCUGCUCACUGAGCCGGGGGAGAAGAGCACCGUCUUCACUAUCUUCGGCUCGUACGCUUCCCAGGACCACAGCUGGCUCAUCCUGCAGGUCAACACCAGCAAAGCUCUGGGGGUCCCGUGCACAGAGAGAGACUACAAGCCCUGGUCUCCCUCCGAUGAGCGGGGGAACGCCUGCCUGCUGGGCCGUCAGGUGGUCUACAAGCGCCGCACCCCCCACGCAACCUGCUUCAACGGCGAGGACUUCGACCGGCCGCUCUCCGUGUCCAACUGCUCCUGCACCCGCCAGGACUACGAAUGCGACUACGGCUUCAAGCCCAGCGAGGACCUGUCUCUGGAGGUGUGCGUUCCUGACCCCGAGUUUGCCGGAAAGCUCUACUCUCUGCCCGUGCCCUGCCCCAUGGGCACCACCUACCGCCGCAGCAAAGGGUACAGGAAAGUGUCGGGGGACAGCUGCUCUGGAGGUGAUGUCGAGGCCAGGCUGAACGGAGAGAUGCUGCCAUGUCCUAUAGGAGAGAGUAACGAGUUCAUCCUGUACGCCGUGCGGAGCUCCAUCCACCGCUACGACCUGUCCACCGGCACUGACCAGGUGCUGCCCCUCUCUGGCCUGCGCGAGGCCAUCGCCCUCGACUUCGACUACGAGCAGAACUGCCUGUACUGGGCCGACAUCGCCCUGGAUACCAUACAGAGGCUGUGUCUGAAUGGGAGCUCAGGGCAGGAGGUCAUCGUGCGCAGGGGUCUGCAGAAUGUGGAGGCUCUGACCUUUGACUCCGUCAGCAGGCUGCUCUACUGGGUGGACGCUGGCUCUCAGAAGAUAGAGGUGUCCAAUCCGGACGGGGAUCUGCGACGCACCCUGAUUAACUCCUCUCUGCUGGAACACCCCAGAGCCCUGGUUCUGAUGCCCACAGAGAGCAUCAUGUUCUGGACGGACUGGGGUGAGCGUGCGGCCGGGCUGUACCGGGCCUGGAUGGACGGCUCCAACGCCUCCUGCAUCGUGUCCCAGGGCGUGCGCUGGCCCAACGGCAUCACCGUGGACGACCGCUGGCUCUACUGGACCGAGGCGUUUGGAGACCGCAUCGAGAGGGCCGACUUCCUCGGACAGCACCGCAGCGUGCUCAUGGAGGGCCUGCCACACCCCUACGCCAUCGCCGUGUUUAAGAAUGAUCUCUACUGGGAUGACUGGUCUAGGAUGGGCAUAUUCAAGGCCCCAAAAUCUGGCGGGACGGAAGCAGAGCAGCUGCUGGGCCGGCUGUCUGGAGUCAUGGACCUCAAAAUCUUCUACAAGGGCAAAACCAGCGGUCGGAACGGCUGCUCAGACCAGCCCUGCAGCCUGCUGUGCCUGCCCCAGCCAGGAGGGCUCCACUCCUGCGUGUGCCCGGACGGGGUGCCCAGCACCAGGCUGCCCUCUGGAGAGGUGCAGUGCCAGUGCCCCAGCGAGUACCACAUGCUCAACGGAACCUGUGUCAAGAGCGAAUACACCUGCCUGCCCAACCAGUACCGCUGCUCCAACGGAAAGUGCAUCAGCAGCAUCUGGAAGUGCGACAGCGACAACGACUGUGGAGACAUGAGCGACGAGCUGGAGUGCCCCACCACCACGUGUGACCCUGCUGUGCAGUUCCGCUGUGUGACCUCGGGCUCCUGCAUCCCGCUGGCCUUCAAGUGCGACCACGAGGACGACUGUGGGGACAACAGCGACGAAGAGCACUGCGACAGUCACCGCUGCGGCCCAUCAGAGUUCAGGUGUGCGCGAGGUGUGUGCAUCCGGGAGGCCUGGCGCUGCGAUGGGGACAAUGACUGCAGGGACUGGUCUGAUGAGACCAACUGCACUGAGGAACAGCACACCUGUGAGGCGGGCAGCUUCCAGUGCCACACAGGCCACUGUAUUCCACAGCGCUGGGUGUGUGACGGUGACAAAGACUGCCAGGACGCCUCUGAUGAAGAGCCCGUCAACUGCGACGGGAAGCAGUGCAAUGGUUUCAUGUGCUCCAAUGGCACCUGCCUGCCGUCCAGCACACACUGCAACGGCGUGGAGGACUGCCCAGGGGGCACUGACGAGCAGCACUGCGACCCCCUGUGCUCGCGCUACAUGGAGUUUGUGUGCCGAGACCGCGCUCAGUGCCUCUUCCAGUCUCUGGUGUGCGACGGCAUCCGUCACUGUGCCGACGGAUCUGAUGAGGACGAGGUGUACGCUGGCUGCUCAUCGGGUACAGAGUUUGGGAAGACGUGUGGCCCUGACAACUUCCGGUGUGAGAACGGCGAGUGCAUAAGCCUGGAGUGGAAGUGUGAUCGCAUGGACGACUGUGGAGAUUACUCUGACGAGGCCAACUGCGGGUCUCCCACAGAAGAGCCGGGCUGCUCGCACUACUUCCAGUUUGCGUGUCGAAACGGUCGCUGCGUGCCCACCUGGUGGAGGUGCGAUCAGGAGAACGACUGCGGGGACUGGUCUGACGAGGUCAACUGCACAGGUGGCGAUACUCCCCACACCCUGCCCCCGGGCCCCGCCACCUGCCCCCCCAACCGCUUCCGGUGUGGCUCUGGCGCCUGCAUCUUGAACUCCUGGGUGUGCGACGGCUACGCAGACUGCCCCGAUGGAGCGGACGAGGAGGGCUGCCCCACAGGCUCUAACAGCACGCUGAGGCCCACCAUCCCUGCCGUGCGGCCCCCGGCCCCGGGCAGCUGCAGCAAGGGCCAGUUCCGCUGCAGCCUCCCCCCCACCUGCAUCCCCGACUGGCAGCACUGCGACGGACGCCCCGACUGCACCGACCGGUCCGACGAGGCCAACUGCCCGACCCGCGGGCCCCUGUCCUGUGUGAACGGAACUCUGUGCUCCGACAGGGAGGCGUGCGUGACCGUCAGCGAGAGAUGCGACGGCUUCUUCGACUGCUCCGACCGCAGCGACGAGCAGAACUGCUCCGCUGACUCGCGGGUGUUCAAGGUGCAGAACCUGCAGUGGAGUUCCGACUUUUCCGGCGCUGUCACCCUCACCUGGUCCCGGCCCAAAUACCUGCCCCCCUCCUCCUGCUCCUACCUGGUGUACUACAGGUUGGUGGGGACUCAGUCCUGGACCCCUGUUGAGACUCACAGUAAUAAGAGCAGCUACAGACUGACGGUGCUGCAGCCAGACUCCACUUACCAGGUGAAGUUGCAGGUGCAGUGCCUGAGCAAACUGCACAAGAGCAACGAGUACCUGACCCUGCGCACGCCAGAGGGAUUGCCUGACCCACCCACACACCUUCAGCUGUCCGCUGACCGCAAGGAAGACGGGACGGUGGUCUGUUCCUGGAGCCCCCCUGACCACGCGCACGGCCUGAUCCGGGAGUACAUAGUGGAGUACAGCGAGAGUGGGAGUGCUGAGUGGACCUCCCAGAGCAGCAGCGGGAGUGGCACCAGCACUGAGGUCAAGGACCUGCAGCCCAGCGCCCUCUACAGGUUCAGAGUGGCGGCUGUGACUAGCAGAGGUGUGGGAAACUGGACAGAUGCAAAAUCCAUCACUCCCAAGAAAGCUCUGCCGCCCCCCACUGUGGCCGUGGAUGGAACUACAGAGGACUCCAUCAGUCUGACUUUCGGCUUCAGUUCCCCGGAAAAGGUGGAGCAGUAUGUGGCAGUCCUGUCCUGGUUGUUUGACGCUCAUGUGAAGGAGAGCAGGACCAUGGCCAUCACAGGAAACACUCUGACAGUGGCUAACCUGACAGCUGGGACAGCCUAUGAGCUGGCGGUGUGGGCCCACACCAGCGUAGGAGACAGCCCUGCUACGCUGUCCAGCCAUCAGACGAAGGGCAGCCAGCCGGCCCCGCCCAUCCUGAAGGCCCGGGCUCUCAACCAGAGCGCCGUCGACUGCAGCUGGACUGGCUCGCAAGCAGCGGAGUACGGUGUGUUCUUCUCCACCUCCUUCCUGGAGCUGCACCGGAGCCCUCACAGUGUGAAGAGCAGCAGUAGCAGCCUGGUGGUCAGCGUGGACAGUGAUGAGCAGUACCUGUUCUUAGUGCGGGUGACGUCUCCCUACCUGGGCCCUCCCUCUGCUCACGCCAUGGUGAAGAUGAUCCCGAGUGGCAGACUUCCUCCUCGUAACCUGCACAGGGUGAAAGUGGAGAAGACCCAGGCCACGCUCAAAUGGCAGCCCCCGUACGACUCUCCCACAGCCCCGCUGGAGUACGCGGUUCACCUGAAGGACAUGGUGCGCAGGACGGAGGCCAACUACAAGCUGAGCACGCAGAACAACACGGUGGAGUUCACCCUGAAGGGCCUGGAGCCGGGCGGCCGCUACAGCGUCACUGUGCGCCUGCGCAACAUGAGCAAGGAGGCCAGCUACACCCUCAACACCGUUCCCCUGAACCCUCCCGAGGCACUGAAGAUCCUGAUGGAGAAGGACCAUGUCUUCCUCCUGUGGAAGAGUCUGGCAGUGAGGGAGAAGGGCUUCAACGAGAGCCGGGGCUACGAGGUCCACGUCUACGACAGUGUGACCAACUCCACCACGUGUCUGGGCAACACCACGGAGACCUUCUUCAAGAUCAGCAGCCUGCUGGUGGGACACAACUACACCUUCUCCGUGCAGGCCCGCUGCCUGCUCAACGGCCAGCUGUGUGGGGAGCCGGCCCGUCUUCUGUACGACAGCUUGGGAGCAGGGCCGGGCAGUAAAGAAGCGUCUCAGGGGGAUCGGUCGGGGGACAUGGCGACGGUGGUGGUGCCGGUGCUGUUUGUGCUGAUGCUGGGUCUGUGUGCGGGGUUUGCUGCUCUGUACUUCAGACACCGCCGCCUGAGGCACAGCUUCACCGCCUUCGCCAACAGCCACUACAACUCCCGCCUGGGCUCCGCCAUCUUCUCCUCUGGAGACGAGCUGGGUGACGAGGACGACGAUCCCCUGAUCAACGGAUUCUCCGACGACGUUCCCAUGGUGCUAGCGUAGGGUGGGCUCCCUCCUCCUCUGCCCCGCCCCGCCCCCUUACCCUAAACUCGCUCUGGCCCUCCUUCCUGCCCUCCCUCCUCCCUCUGAUCCAGAGUGGGCGGGGCCGGCAGCUUCCGCCCGCAUGAGCCAGCGCUCGAGGGUUCCGGAACCCGGGACGAAAAGAGAAAGAAAAGAAAGAGAUAUUUUUUUGAAAUAAUUAACGAUGCACUUUUUUUCGGAGGCGCAAUAACUUAUUUUUGUAUAUGUACUAUGCGUACGCGCGGGGACAGGACUUAGCAGGCAGCAGCUGAAGCUGGGCCGGCCCGACUGUGAAGGAAAUGGAUUGGCUCCCCCGCGCGUUUCUGGACCAGCGCGAGAGAGAACGACAGAGAGGCUGCCCAGCUGGGCCGCUGGUUUCUCACAGAGCAGGUUCCCUUCCCCAAAAAAGCAAAAACAAACACCCGUCAACCCCUACAGCCAGCGGGAAAAAUACACGUGUUCUUGCACGACAAAUGCAAAAAAAAUUAGUUCUGUGACGGGAUAUUUUGGCUCUUGGUGGUGUGAACUGCACAGGAUUAGUGUCACUGAAGUAGGACACCGACUCCACGCUGCUGGAACCUACAGAACGAGGCCAAGAAACAUCUAGAAUCCGAGCUACAAACAGGCCCUUAGAAUGGUACAUAUUAUUAUAAUCUGAAAUGAAUAAUGAAAAAUGCACUGAAACAGCAUGAAAUAACAAACUUUCGCUCGAUAGAAUCUUGAUAAAAUCCACGUCGCACUGCCUGGCGCUGGUUCAGCUGCAGUUUGUCAGGUGAGAGAUUCGGCAGAACCGUCACGGGCUGGUUUCUCAAACCAAAUCC